UAUUACUUGUUAAUAUUAUAUUUACUUGAAUUUGUGUUUGUUAUGUUACAAAUAAUUAUAAUUAAGCACAAUGACAGUUAAAUAACCAAACAUUGACAACACGUGAUACCUGGUGGCGGAGAUAAGAACUAGACACGAUUACUUCCCCGGUAGGCCAAGUACAAUUUCUAUAACACACUUUUUGAACAUGGCUCUCUUCAGCUAUAAUUUAACUACGAUAAUAUACUACCGAUAUAUAAUCUAUUAUAUGAAUACACGUUUGGUCAAAUAUUAAGGUAAUUAUCCCCCAACUGAUAAAUAUUUAUGUAAUGUACCGAACUCUGGGUGGAACUACUCCGUCUAGUGUCACUUGUAAUACGUGAGGAAACAGUGAAGUGGAAGUUAUUUCGCAUUAAGUGUUAUAUGUGAUAAACGGAACAGUAUUAUAGAAAAGAGAGAAACGUAAAUGAAGAUCUGAUAAUAUAUUGAGAAAGAGAAAAUUAAUGGCACUUCAAAAAGUUGUGCAGCCAUUUAAUUACGCAAUGAGUGAAUGUUCUGAGUUGUCCUGGUAGCAUAAUAUAGAGAAUAAUGGCUAUUGUCAGUGGACGUUUUCCAAUUUCCUUUGGACGGCAAUUGAGGAUCUACAGUCAUCCUUGUUUAACGAGGGAUUUUCAGUGGUCCUCAAGAUGUCGGAAUGAUGAUGAAAAAACCAUAAGAAAUACAACAGUUUUUGUCCAAGAUGGUACCAGCAUUGAGGAGUUGCCAGCCGUUGUUCAAAUAAUCAGCGGCGAAUUCCAAUUAUUCAGUAAUGGAAAGAGUCAGGUUGGCAGAAGGUUUGAGGGACUUGGGUUAGAAAUUCCUCAGGUUUCCCCAAAUCUCUUCAAAAAUAUAAAUUUUGAAGAAGAACAAGAGAUGAUCCUUGGUUUUAUGAGAUGUGUAAAAGUAGGAGAUAUAUUUAAAUUACUUGAAAUAUGUCCUGAAGCUGAGGUGACUCCUUCGGUUGCAUUGGCCGUAAUCAAAAGAAUAUUUGAAUUAGAAAACAACAUAGAGUAUCGGAAUCAAGGACUGAACCAAUACCCAGACGAAUCUCCGUUGACUUUUACCCGAGGAGCCGUGAUAAAGAGAUUGGUUGAAAUCGUGUGUGGUACCUCAGAUCCCCAGAAUUUAAUCGAUGCUUUACGAGCCAUGGGCAGGGAUAAUUACCAAGGUGACAAACUCAAAUACCUGGAAACACUCUGUACAGAAUGCAUUGUCAUGAUAACGGAGGGUAAAAUGAGAGUUAACCAGGUGUGUGAUGCUGCAAAAGCUUUCUAUAAUCUGGGUAAUGUCGGGUCCAGGUACGUGGAACAAGUCUGGAUCGGUAUUACGGAAAAAGCCGAAGAGAUCAAGGAAAAGGAAGUGUGCAACAUAAUGAGUGUUCUUCCGCUGGUCAAGAAGAGUCGUAAACAUCUAUACAACAUUGCCGAACGGAAGAUGGGAGGUCUUUGGUAUAAGCUUAAUUGUGAAGAUGUUCUGAGGGUUUUGCACAUCCUUGUACAGCUCAAGAUGACGAACAGUCGCAUGCUACCCAUGCUUUCAAGAUGGACUAACUUAAAUAUCCAUGCCCUUACUGAAGGUAAUCUCCGCUGGAUUGUUUAUUCAUUCAUGAGCUUAAAUUACUCAAAUGCUGAUAUGCAGAAAGCACUCUCUCGCUUUAUGAAGGCAAAAAAGGUCAAUAUCAAUGAUCCAAGUCUUGUGGCUGUGAUCAUGGAUUAUUGUGUUAAAAUGCGCAUAAGAUCCCAAGAUAUUCUGAACAAUGCUGGGGAAUACUUUAUAAAGAAUUCACAGAUAUUAACAGUGCCACAGAUUAAUAGCAUUUGUCGGUCAUAUGGAUUACUGAACUAUGAUCCUCCUAAUGCAGCGACAUUUUUCCUUGCUUUUGAAAUGCAUCUUGAUGCAAAAUUUGUGCAGUUUCCACCAGAUAUCAUGAUUGAUUUACUUCUUUCAUGUGUAUACCUAGGGAGAUAUCCCCUUAAUUUUGUGAAAAAAGUUUUUAACCCAUAUUUUUUUGACAAAGUGCACACAUUGGAGUCUUCUGAUGUCAGGCUAACACGCACAAAAUUGAAGGUUCUUGACAAAGCUCUUUGUUUAGAGGCACCAAGUUAUAAUGGACCAAUGCUUCCCAGGGAUCAUUCGGCCAAAAGCUUCUGGCGUGAUGCAAGAAUUAUGAGGUGUGUGAACAUGAUUCGGGCUUUGUUGGUCGAGAUAGUUGGAACAGAAGAACGUAUAACACCAUCUGCUGUUUUGCCAAAUUUUCCUGGUACAGAGCUGUACAUUAUAGAUUGUAUUAUUGAUAUGGCUGGAAAAUUAUCUUUCCAAUCUUUCAAGUGGAGCAACAACAAGUAUGCACUUCUUAUUCAUCCUCCAGAGCACUAUAUUUUGAAUGAAGACAUACUGGUUGGGCCACAGGCUAUGCGCAAACGUCAUCUAGCCUUGUGUGGUUUUAAGGUUGUGAGUCUUCGCUAUGAAACACUUCUUAAAAAUCGCAUGUAUCCAGAUUUGCUCAAAAAUUACAUAGAAAAGGAGAUGAAAGAAGCUACACUGUAACAUAAGUGACACUGUACAAUUACAAUACUGUGUGGAAACUUAGUGAAAAUUGGACAAUCAAAUCUGCUGUGUAGUGUGUGCUGUCAUUUAAUUUAUAUUAGACAUACUGGUGAUAAACUUUGCUUGAGAAAAAUUAUGUCUAGUCUAGUCCUGUUUUAUUUAUGGUAUGCCAAAACCAGUGAAAGUGCAUCUUCAAGUCUGUGAUAUUAGUAACAUAGAACAGUCCAGAGAAUUCAUCAGCAAUCAUCUUGUGACUCCAGGCCAGGCCAUUCAAAACAUCUACAUACACUUAUAUG